AUAUAAUGGCGAAAGUGGUUUUCAAGAUAAAUGGAACCCAAUAUGAAGCUGACGGCAGGUAUAGCCCGGAUGUGACCUUGAAUGAAUACAUACGAACAGUGGCGGAUCUCCGCGGCACGAAGGUGAUGUGCCAUGAGGGCGGAUGUGGCGCAUGCAUAGUUUCCGUCAGUGCAGCGUCACCACCAACGAACGAAGUGAAGACUUUUGCUGUUAAUUCUUGUCUUGUUUCGGUCCUAUCCUGCCACGGUUGGGAAGUAAUGACUGUUGAAGGCAUUGGAAACCGGACGAUCGGUUAUCAUGAAAUUCAGAGCAGAUUGGCGAAAUUCAAUGGCACUCAAUGCGGUUACUGUACGCCUGGUUGGGUUAUGAAUAUGUACAGCUUAUACACGGCGAAAAAUAAAGAUCUAAAAGCAGGGGAAGUUGAAAACUCAUUUGCUAGCAACAUAUGUAGAUGCACAGGCUACAGACCAAUUGCAGAUGCCUUCAAAAGCUUUGCAAAAGACGCUGAUGAUAAUUUAAAAAACAAACUGAUUGAUGUAGAAGAUAUGGCUGUGUUCAAAUGUUGUGGGGUUAAAUGUAAAAAUGAAUGUGUACAUAAUAACGUUAAUAAUGAAAACCUAACUGAAAAGCGUAAUGUUCAAGAAGAUGACUGGUGUGUUUUAGAAAAGAGUAAUACAAACAUAUUGGCGAUAAAAGGUGUAAAUUAUAACUGGUUUAAGUUAUUUAAAUUAAACGAUGUUUUCAAAACGAUAGAUCAGUGUGAGGAUUACAAAUUCGUAGCAGGAAAUACUGGACAAGGAGUGUACCACGUAACUGAAUACCCGAAAUACGUAAUAGACAUAUUCAGUGUAGCAGAGUUGAAAGGUCACAUAGUAGAUGUAAAUCUAAUAUUGGGAGCCGGUAUGCCUUUGACGGAAAUGAUGCAAGUUUUUGAAAACAUGUCAUCUGAAAAUGAAGAAUUCGCUUAUUUGAAAGAAUUUCACAAUCAUUUAGAUUUAGUUGCUCAUAUUCCAGUAAGAAACAUAAUGCCUCGAUCACAGAACGCCCAUGCAAUCGUUAACGCUGGUAUUCUAUUUAAAUACAAACAAAAUGAUAAUACAAUUGAGAAGGCAACAAUUGUGUAUGGCGGAAUUUCACCCAACUUCGUCCAUGCCGUUAAAACGGAAGAAAACUUAGUUAACAAAGAUCCUUUUACCGACGAAACUUUGCAAAUGGCUUUGAAAAAUUUACACGAAGAAAUUAAUCCUCUUGACGUGCCACCGGAACCGUCCGUACGAUAUAGAAAAUUGCUCGCUCUAGCUCUAUAUUACAAGGCUAUUUUAAGUUUGUGUCCUGAAGGCAAACUAAAUGAAACUUACCGAUCUGGUGGGGACGUCAUUAAACGGAAAAUUUCGAAAGGAAUGCAAACAUAUGACACAGAUGAGACCCUAUGGCCUCUAAAUAAACCUGUGCCAAAAUUGGAAGCAUUGGUCCAAUGCAGCGGAGAGGCAACUUUCGCAAACGACCUGCCAAGUCAAACAAAUGAAGUUUAUGGAUCCUUUGUUACAGCGGACGUAGCACCCGGCAGUAUUUUGGCUGGUUUUGACGCUUCUGAAGCUAUGAAAAUUCAAGGCGUUAUCGCUUUUUACACUGCCAAAGAUGUGCCAGGGAAGAACAGCUUUACUCCGACAGAAAUUUCGAUAAUACACUCAGUAGAAGAAAUCUUGUGCUCACGGGAAGUAAAAUUUAAUGGUCAACCGGUUGGAAUUAUAGUUGCCAAUAGAGAAAAGGUGGCCAACCGUGCUGCUAAAUUGGUUAAAGUAGAAUAUGAGUCAGAAUCUUCUAAAACACCUCUACUGACAGUAAAAAACGUUUUAUCAUCACCAGAGAAAGAAAGCAGAGUUUCUAAUGACAAAGUUGUUGAACCAACUGAGGUAGGAAAUGAUACUAAAACAGUAAUUAAGGAUGAGCUGAUUUUUGAAACUCAAUAUCAUUAUUAUAUGGAGCCGCAAACAUGUGUUGCUAUACCCACAGAAGAUGGGCUUGAAGUUUACUCGUCAACGCAAUGGAUUGACUUGACGAAUAUUGCUGUGGCGCAAUGCCUAAAUGUUCCUGUGAAUAGUGUGAAUGUAAUUGUAAGAAGAGUAGGUGGCGCAUAUGGUGGUAAAAUAACCAGAUCUUCUCAAAUUGCUUGUGCAGCUGCUAUGGUAUCACAUCUGCAGGGGAAAUCGUGCAGAUUUAUUCUGCCCUUAGAAGACAACAUGAGAAUCAUAGGAAAAAGGGCCCCGACAUAUUGCAAACUUGAAGCCGGUGUUAAUGAAAAUGGAGAAAUACAGUACCUUAAUAACGUAUACUAUCAAGACAAUGGAUGUUCCAACAAUGAAACAAUAUCUCCAAUGACCGUAAUGCAUCUCCCUAACUGCUACGAGUCCAAACGUUGGCGCAUUGAAGCUUCUAACGCAAUUACUGACACUCCGUCGGCUACGUGGUGUAGAGCACCAGCGUCAACAGAAGCUAUAGCAAUUACAGAAUAUCUAAUGGAAAGAAUCGCGCAUGAUCUAGGUAAAGACCCAAUAGAUGUUAGAUUGGCAAAUAUGAAAAAAGAAGACAACCCAAUCCCAGAACUAAUAGAUCAAUUGAAAAAAGAUUCUAAUUACGAUAGUAGAUUGGAAGAUGCAAAAAAAUUUAAUAGUGAUAACCGAUGGAGAAAACGAGCUCUUAAAAUAAUGCCCAUGACUUACGAUCUCUUUCACUUCGGUCAAUUUAAUUCUUUAAUUUCCAUUUAUCACGGAGAUGGUACUGUGUCUGUAUCUCACGGCGGCACAGAGAUGGGGCAAGGCAUCAAUACAAAAGCAGCACAAGUAUGCGCAUAUGCUCUUGGCAUUCCUCUAGAAAAGAUUAGUAUUAAACCCAGCUCCAGUUUCACAUCUCCAAACUGCAUGCCAACUGGUGGUAGCAUUGGUAGCGAAUGUAUUGCAUAUGCAAGCUUAAAAGCUUGUGAGAUAUUAAUGGAUCGAUUGAAGCCUGUACGCGAGGAAUUAGGAAAUCCAACUUGGGAGAAACUUGUGGAAGAAGCGUAUAGUCGUGGAGUGUACUUACAAGCAUCUUACAUGUUUUCUCCAAAUGAACCUCUGAAAAAUUAUAAUAUUUAUGGGGUUGUAGCGUUAGAGAUUGAAGUUGAUAUUUUGACUGGGAACCACGACGUGUUAAGAGUUGACCUGCUUGAAGAUACUGGUAGAAGUUUAAGUCCUGAGAUUGAUAUUGGGCAGAUCGAAGGAGCUUUCGUAAUGGGCUUAGGUUAUUGGACUUCAGAAAAAAUUGUAUACGAUGAUAAAACAGGGAAAUUGCUAACCGACCGAACUUGGACUUACAAACCUCCUGGUAUAAAAGACAUUCCCGCAGACUUCAGAAUUUAUUUUCGACGAAACUCCAGCAAUCCGAAUGGAGUUUUACAUUCGAAAGCAACAGGGGAACCAGCGUUCUGCCUGGCAGCUGUUGUAACGCACGCACUACGUGACGCAGUACGCGCUGCAAGAUUGGAUGCCGGAUAUGACGAUGUUUGGGUGCAUAUUGAACAUCCUUGUACCACGGAGAACAUAUUCUUGGCGGUAGAACACAAACUGGACCAGUUCAAAUUGAAAUAAACUGCCUUAUUUCGUCGUUUGUAUUUAUUUUAUGUAGCUAACCGUAGAAAAAUGCAACUACAAAAGCACGUAAAGAUCGCGGCUGGCUGCGCCGGCGCCUCCAUUUUCGGCAUCCUAUUCGGCUGGGUUAUCUUCCCUACCGUGUUGAAAAGCCAGUUGAAAAAGGAAAUGGCCCUGUCUAAGAAGACGGACGUCCGACAGAUGUGGGAGAAAAUUCCAUUCCCCCUUGACUUUAAAGUGUACCUCUUUAACUAUACCAACGCUAAUGAUGUCCAGAAGGGUGCUCUGCCUAUUGUUAAGGAGAUUGGGCCUUAUUAUUUUGAGGAAUGGAAGGAAAAAGUAGACGUCCAAGACCAAGACGACACAGACACAAUCAAAUAUAAGAAACUGGAUGCCUUCUACUUCAAGAAGGAGCUUUCUGGACCUGGGCUCACCGGAGAAGAAGUGAUUACCUUGCCACAUCCAUUUUUAAUGGGUUUGGUGAACGUCGUAAGCCGAGAUAAACCUGCAAUGCUGAACAUGAUCGGUAAAGCAAUCAAUGGUAUCUUCGAUAAUCCACCCGAUAUUUUCCUGCACGUUCCAGUUAUGGACCUCCUGUUUAGAGGCAUCGUGAUGAACUGCGCAAGAACCGAUUUUGCUCCUAAAGCUGUUUGCACCGCGCUGAAGAAGGAAGCGGCUGAUCGGCUUAUAUUUGAACCCAAUAACCAGUAUAGGUUCUCUUUAUUUGGAAUGCGUAACGCAACUGUCGACAAUCAUGUAAUAACCGUAAUGAGAGGUAUAAAAAACGUCAUGGACGUUGGCAAAGUUAUAGCUGUUGACGAUCAAGUGGAGCAGACGAUUUGGAGGGACAAGUGCAAUGAAUAUGCCGGCACUGAUGGAACUGUGUUCCCACCUUUUCUAACGGAAUUCGAUCGCUUGGAGUCCUUUUCUGGGGAUUUGUGCAGGACAUUCAGACCGUGGUACCAAAAGAAAACCUCCUAUAAAGGUAUCAUGACGAAUCGGUAUAUUGCCAACAUCGGAGACUAUGCCAACGAUCCUGAACUGCAAUGCUUCUGCGAUGCACCAGAUCGUUGUCCGCCCAAAGGUCUAAUGGACUUAAACAAAUGUAUCGGGGUGCCCAUGUAUGUUUCUUUGCCUCACUUUUAUGAUAGCGACCCAGAGCUCCUUAAGGAUAUCAAGGGAUUAAGCCCAGCUGUGAACGAACAUGAAAUUGCUAUUGACUUUGAACCGAUCACCGGAACUCCUAUGGUCGCAAGACAGCGAGUGCAAUUUAGUAUGCUACUGUUAAAAACCGAAAAGAUCGAACUUUGCAAGGAUUUACCGAUGGUCAUAGCGCCUUUGUUUUGGAUCGAAGAGGGCCUAGCGCUGAACAAGACCUUCGUAAACAUGCUGAAACACCAGCUCUUCAUCCCCAAGCGUAUUGUAGGCGUGGUUCGUUGGCUCCUUGUAGCCGGCGGGAUAAUUGGUGUACUUGGGUGCCUGCUGUUUCACUUCAAAGACCACAUAAUUCACUUUGCCGUGAAACCAGAGUCUGCGAAUGUAACGAAGGUUGCGCCAGAAAAUGGUGACGCUGAUACGAAUAUUAGAUCAAUAAGCGCGGGAAAAAUGCUCCCUAAGAUAGAUAUGUAGUUUUGAGCUUUCUUAUAAUCAUCAUCAUCAUCAUCGCAUCGACCGAAGGGUGUGUACAGUCGAAAGUCAUCAGCUAUUUGUAACCAGUGACUUCGUGAGAAUAUUUUCAUGUCAUCUAAACAAUCUAC